AGUGUCUUAGGCGUGCGGGAGGCGCGCCGCCAGAGGCCUCACCGCUAUGGGCCGCAACAAGAAGAAGCGAGAUGGCGACCACCGGCGGCCGCGGCUUGUUCUCAGUUUCAACGAAGAGAAGCGGCGGGAAUACCUGACUGGCUUCCAUAAGAGGAAGGUAGAGCGGAAAAAGGCAGCCAUUGAGGAGAUCAAGCAUCGGCUCAAGGAGGAGCAGAAGAAGCUCCGGGAGGAGCGCCAUCAGGAAUACUUGAAGAUGCUGGCAGAGAGAGAGGAGGCUCUGGAGGAGGCACAUGAACUGGACAGGCUGGUGACAGCCAAGACAGAGUCGGUGCAGUAUGAUCACCCCAACCACACAGUCACCGUGACCACCAUCAGCGACCUGGACCUCUCGGGGGCCCGGCUGCUGGGACUGUCUCCGCCUGAGCAAGGGGCUGGGCACGGGUCCGAGGAAGAGGCGUCCUCCGUGGAGAAGCCGACCAGAGCCUUACCCAGGAAGUCCAGAGACCCCCUCCUGUCCCAGCGGAUCUCCGCUCUCACGGCAUCACUGCAUGCGCACAGUCACAAAAAGACCAAGAGGAAACGUCCCCGACGGGCCCAAGACUCCACCAAGAAGCCCCCGAGUGCCACUCGUACGAGCAAGACCCAGCGCCGCCGGCUGACGGGCAAAGCCCGGCACAGCGGAGAGUGAGCCCCGAGAACCAGGCCGUGCCCAGCCUGGGCUGUAAGGGCCUGUGCUGUCUCCGCUUGGCUGGCCCAGUAACCCAGCACCAAGGUGGGGACUCUGCGGCCCACGGCGGGGAGGCCAGCACCUCUGGCCCAGAGCUUGGACUCUGGCAGGGGCAGGCAGCUGAGAGGUGGCUCCCCCCAGGAGGAGCCUUCAGAGCCGAACCUGGGGCAUCUUCCCAAAUGUCUCCCCCACUGAGCCUUCAUCAGAUUUCUGAAACUGAGUGCACUUGUGGUCUGUUUGUCCCUGACCCUGAUGCCGCUUGCCAAGGGCAGGCUUCUGAGGUGGUGGAAACCGUCAGGCGGGUGGGUCCAUCUUCCCCGUCCAGCAGUUUUCCCUGUGGGGAUGAGACAGGUAGUGUUAGGUCUGGGCCCCCUAACCCGGGUUGCAGACCAGCAUAACAUUGGAAGAAUCCAGAGUCAUCCAGCUGCUCUCAAUAGCAGGCUGCUAGGCCAGGGGGGUGAGUGGCGCUGGACUCCGCCCUUUACUGGCUGAGACUUUGGGUCUGUCCCUUCUUGG